ACUCUCUGUUCCCAUCCUGGAAACGCUUCUCUGCUCAGAUCCUAGCGCUCUACACGCACAUUUGAACAAUGUCAUCUCGAAGCCGCCACUUUCCUUCCUUCCUUCCCUGCUCGGGCCGAACAUUUCCCGGCCUUAAUAAGUACUUUUUGCUCUUUUCAGAGGCCGGCGUUCGGACCCAGCCGCCGCAGCACCUCCCGAUGAGCAGGCAGCAGAAACGCAAUUGAAACACGAGUCCGAAUCCACGCGGAUCGCGCGGGGGGGGCAGGGUAUGGCGGUGGUGACAGGGCGGGGGCUGCACGCCCCGCCAGCCCGAGCGGGUCCCACCGGACCCGACCCCCGACUGCGGUGACACCGGCCGGGGGGCCCGGUCCGGGGCUCAGGGGGAGGACGGGCGGCCCGGCAGCGCCAGGCGCCUCCUGCCCGGGGAGCCCCGCGCCGCCGCCACCGCCCGGUUUCCGAGGAGCCGCCCCCGGGCAGCCCCGGGGAGCCGCGGGCGGGCGGAACGCGGCCCCGCAGCCCGGCGCGGUGGCGGGGAGGCCGGUCCCUUCCGCCAGGGCCGGGCUUCCGGGCGAUCAGGUGACGGCGGCGGCUGGCGGGGGAGCGGCUCCGCGGCUCGGGGCUGCUGCGGAGGAGCGGCGAGACCCGCCGUUUGUAACAGUGCCGUGCCUUUGCGAGGUAUACUGAAUCCUUAGAGUUGCCAGAACAGCCUUUCAGCAGGGCGCUUAUCCUGGAAGCAGCAACUCUAUCGCAGAGGUACCCUGCAGAGUCCCAGGCUUCCAACAGGAAAAUUUUCUUGACCUUGUGUCUGGGUAGCUCUUGAGGAUGGCAAGCAAAGGACCCACGACUUCUACAUCAACAAAGAACUCCAGUACUGGAGGGACCAGUGGCAGCAGCAGCAGUAACGGUGCUGGGGACAAUGCUAAUCAGGACAACACUUUUGAAUGCAACAUCUGUUUAGACACUGCCAAGGAUGCAGUUAUCAGCUUGUGUGGACAUCUCUUCUGUUGGCCUUGUUUACACCAGUGGCUAGAGACCAGGCCAAACAGACAAGUGUGUCCUGUAUGCAAAGCAGGAAUCAGUCGAGAUAAAGUUAUUCCUCUGUAUGGAAGAGGUAGCACUGGGCAACAGGAUCCCAGAGAGAAAACUCCACCACGACCCCAAGGACAGAGACCUGAACCAGAGAACAGAGGAGGAUUCCAGGGCUUUGGGUUUGGCGAUGGCGGCUUCCAAAUGUCAUUUGGAAUUGGGGCAUUUCCCUUUGGUAUAUUUGCAACAGCAUUCAACAUAAACGACGGGCGACCUCCUCCAGUAUGGCUGGCCGGUCUGAGGGUAGGAAAUAGCAACAGUUUCUCAGCAGCUGUUCCAGGGACUCCUCAAUAUGUGGAUGAGCAGUUCCUAUCCCGCCUCUUCCUGUUUGUGGCUCUGGUGAUAAUGUUCUGGCUGUUGAUUGCAUAAAUCUUUUCCAUUAUUCUGUAUAUUCAUGGCCAUCAAGGCCACUGAACAGUUACAAACUGCAUCCCCAUCCCAUUUUAAACCUCUUGGUGUCUGGUUCCAUAGCUAACUAUGGGCUUCAGGAAUUGGUGGUACCACAGCACAACGAAGAAUCUCACAUUUUGCACCAGAAUUGGAAAUUAAACAUUGGUUAAAAAGCGUGUUUCAGCUCAGCUAUCUUGUACAAGAGGUUCCUGCCAUAAACCAUGGGCCUAGCUUUGAGCUCUGCUCCUAGGAGUCCUGCUUUGGAACCCUGUGCCAAUCAGUGCCACCAGGUUUAUGUGAAAGAGAGUUGCCCUGAGGUAGACUGGGCAGGUAAGGAGACUCCUGCAGUGUGAUCAGUAUCUCUCAUGCUGGACAACCACUGCGGAUCUGCCAGAGCUGUGGAUGUUGUUUAAGUCUUCACAUCAACAUCCAGCCUUCUUCAGGAAAUCAUCUGCAGCGCUGCUGAGAUUCUUUGGGCAAGGUAUGUGAUGAGAUGGAAGCAAGUUUGGAGACUGGUUUGUUUCCUUGAUGUUAUUUCCCAGCAGAAUGGAAAACCCCUCCUGAAGCGGUUCUAAUGGCUGUUAGAAGAUAACAAAUUUAUGCUGCAAUUUUUUUAAAGCCUGAAUUUUCUGGAGCCAGACACUGGAAGAUUCUCUCGUCGUGGAGCUGGGUGGGGUUGUGGAACAGUACGACGUACCUGUCUGCCUCACCCAGCCCAGUUCCUCACUGACAAAACAGUGUUGUCUUCCUUGGUUCUGCGCAGCAGCCUGUGGCUGCACUCAUGGAUAAUCCCCUCACAGCCUUGUCACUGUAGCUACAUUUAUUCUUCCCAGGGCUUUGAGACUUUCCAUGUGAGGUCAUGUACUCCAAAUAAAAUCCUAUUACAGAUCUGAGAUCAGCUUGUUUGGGCAGAGGAACAAAAGGCAUCUUUAUGUGAGUUUUGAGGUUAAACUUGUCAUACUGUAAAAUUAUACAGGAGGAAAAAUGACAUCCUGCCUUUGCUAGCGCAUGGCACAGUAGGGAAUAUUUGGAAGAGCUUCUCCCUGCAGGUGCAUACAGCUACUCCGUGCCACAGCAGAACGGCUGUAGUGCAAGAGCCUCUGCAGUUCCUACCAAAGAUAUUAAUCUGAAGUCCUGGAGGAGACCACAACCGUUUAUGUGCUGAGAGGAAAAUAUUUCCGAAGGUGAGCACUCUGUAGCCGUUUUGGAAUCCUGUUGGAUAUACAGCUUUAAAGAGUACUCCUGAUGUAUUUGUGUAGAUUCUUUCAAAGCUGCAGAUACGAGAGAUUCCCUGGCAAGGUGAACAGUUUUCGUAUUUCUCUGACUAGGUAAUUCCAUUUUUUUUUCUCUUAUUGUUUUUAGGUUAUUUUGAUUCAGAUCGCUGAUAGUCAUAAUGAUUUCCUGUAGAUGAGCAUUGUGACUUCCUUGGCAAUAGACAGACAACUGACAGAACAAAUCAACUCACAGAAACAUUCUUUCAACAGCUAGGGUUUUUCUAGUGUAUGGAUGAGGUUCCUGGGCAGGACACCUUAAUUAAUUGUUGUAGGAGCUUAUUUAUGUAAUUAUAAACUGUUCACUUUUAGUCUCGAGACAGAGGAUGACUAAAGUUUAACUUGCCUACCUCCAAAAUGCCAUCUGGCAAGUCGAAUGUUGCAAAGCUUCUGCAGGGUUUUGCCACAUCUAGUCACAUUUAUACCUGACUCGAUGAUAACCUGGCAGAAUAUAUUGCUCAACUAUAAAUAGUUGAAGUGGUGCUUCAACUUUUGUCGUGUGGCACUUUUGAGAAGCUUAACUUCUUCUGCAUAUGGUUCUUCUCAAGUGCAUAUCUUGGUAACUAGGACCCUUUCUAGGAGAAAGACUAUUUAUUGUGUUCUUACAAACAACUGGCUUUGACUUCCUUUCGUGAGCAGGCAGCACCACCUGCUGAUGAAAAGGGAGAGUUCAUGCGAUCGUAAAAGGGAUGGGUUUCCCUUCUUUCUGUAUUGAGAGACACGAUGCUAAGAGCAGAGGUUAUCCAGGGAGGAGUACGGUAUUCUUUUAAAGCAUUUUUCCGAUAAAGGGGAAAGAAAAGUGACUGUAAUAGGUUCAAGAGGUAUUGAAACUGAUUUAACUAACACUUAUAUUUUAAAAUACAGAAUUUCAAUGGCUUGGGUUUUGUUUCUUUUUUUUUUCCCCAUCUAUUGGUGAGAGACAUAAUGGACUUAAACGGAGGUGGCUGCAGAAAUGUGACUGAGAGCCCUUGUUUUCUGGCAAUCCAAGAAUGAAAUAGUCUAAAAGUGUUAACGUUUUUGUUCCUACAUUUUUCUUGGUGUGCUUUUUGUAUUGUACCACUUCCCCGCCCCGUACUCAGACUGCACACGGCCCAUACGGCUUGUUUAGUGCAUUACCAUUACUGUUCACUAAUUUUCACUGUUGUGAAAGUGAUUUAGAAUUAAAAAAAUGGUUUUACAUUGA